CCAUUUCUCUCUCCUUUCAUCAGUGUCCGGAAAUCCCAAAUUCCCAAUAAUCUCCCCUGCCUGCGGACAAGCGUGCGCCUAAACCCUAGCUCGCCUCCCGAUGGCGCCGAAGAAGCGAAAAGCCGAUCCGGCCGAGUCCGCCGCCGCCGCGGAGCCAGCCGCCGGGAACCGCAGCCAGGAACCGGCGUCCUCCGAGAACAAGCCCCGCGGCACCAUCUACUUCCCCAUCACCGACGACCCGGAGCCCACCGCCUCCGCCGAGGAGGACGAGGACGAGGUCGCCAUCGACGAUGAGGGCGAGGCGGAGGACAUCGGGAAGCUCCUCGAGCCGCUGUCGCGGGAGCAGCUCGUGUCGCUACUCCGCACGGCCGCGGAGGCGAGCCCCGUCACGAUGGCGGCCGUGCGCCGCGCCGCGGAGGCCGACCCCGCGAGCAGGAAGCUCUUCGUCCACGGCCUCGGGUGGGGCGCCGGCGCCGACGACCUCCGUUCCGCCUUCUCACGCUUCGGCGAGCUCGAGGACUGCCGCGUCAUCUCCGACAAGCAGUCGGGCAGAUCCAAGGGCUACGGGUUCGUCCUCUUCCGCUCCCGCCGCGCUGCGCUCCGCGCCCUCCGCCGCCCCCAGCUCCAAAUCGGAGGUCGUCUUGCUUUCUGCCACCUCGCCGCCUCAGGUCCCGCACCCCCAGCCUCUCAGUCUCAGAACCCUACCUCCAACGCCAACACCAACACCAACACCAAUUCCAACUCCAACGCCGGUACCACCGGCAAUGCUUCUGGCUCCUCAUCCUCGCAACCCGAUAACAUGCCACGCAAGAUAUUUGUUGGUAAUGUGCAUGCUGAUGUGGACGUCGACCGCCUAUUUGAGUACUUCUCGCAGUUUGGUGAGAUUGAGGAGGGGCCCUUGGGCUUUGACAAGAACACUGGCAAACCUAAGGGAUUUGCAUUGUUUGUUUACAAGUCUGUGGAGAGUGCCCGCCGUGCAUUGGAGGACCCAGUGAAGAAUUUUGAUGGCAAGAUGCUGAAUGUGCAGAAAGCUAUAGAUGGGAGGACCAAGGGCUCAUCUGGGACAAAUGCAAAUGCUAAUUCUAAUGCCGCCACUGCCUCUGCGGCCGCAGCCGCACAAAUGACUGCUCCUGCCACUGCUGCCAUUAGCCCAUAUGAUGCAUCAGCAUAUGGUACUACUGCUGUUACUGAUUUGGGUUUUGCACAACAAGCUGCUAUGCUGGGAUUAGGUGCACAACAACAGGCAUUUGCGCAGCCCAAUGCAAUGCUUGCCAUGAUAGCGGCAAUGCAGAACCCAGCCGCGCUGGGGAUGACACCAGCCAUGCUUGCAGCUAUGAACCCGGCCUUUGCUGCUGCUGCACUGGGUGCUGGGGGGCAGCAGGCACACACAGCUGGUCUUACAGGUUUUGGAGCUCAGGGAUUUGGGACACAGGCAUUUGGAGCUGGAGGUGCCACUUUCCCAAAUGCAGUGGGUGUUCAAGCUGCUGCUGCUGCAUAUCAAGGAGCUGGAGCUCCCCCUGGUUAUCAAGGGCCACCUGGGUUUCAGGUUGGCCAAGCAACUACCCAGACUAGUACUGCAGCAGCUGCGGCCGCCGCCGCUAGUGCUGCUGGUUAUCAGGCUGGGGCUGCUGGGCAGGGCCAAGUGCCUGGUGCUCAGAUCGGGGGCACUGGUUUUCAGGGUGGAUACUGAAGGAACUAGUUUGGCAUCUGCGGGUCGUGGUUGGUUCAUGUGAUUUUCCAUUCGGAUGGCUUUUAAGUCUAUGUUGGUGCCAAAAUGUUGUGAAAGGGUUCCUGCUGUUGACUUUACCAGAUUUGACAGAUACCUUUGUGGCAGUAUUUGAAGGAGAAACUUUCUUGAAGAAUUAUGUCAUUUUUAUUGCCUACAAUGUAGUUUUGCUAUUGCGGAUUAAUUAUGUACUCUAUCAUCUGUAUUGGAUUUCAUGUACCGAAAUAUCUGUAUUUUGACAAUUUGGCUGUUAUCUGGUCUCGUCAGCAAUAUCAAAUGGUUUUUCUGGGCACUCGAAGACAUUUUAAUUGCAGUUACAGUUGUGGUGCUGUUUGGAUGUAUGGGUGGGUAUUGAUGGCUUUUGCCUUCAACUUGGAACUUGGAAGUUUCUGCUUUGAUGUUGGGUUCAGGGACUACAACAUUUAAGAUCUUAAAUAUCUUGCAGCUUUGUUGCCUUCCAAGUUUAUUUCUAAAUUUGCCCGGUGUUUAACAGUAGCUGUGUAGAUUGAUUGAAUCUAUUAUGUAUACCGUGCUUUAUAAAGUGAACUUGAGGGAUAGAGCCUAGCUUAUGGUAUUUCUGUUUGGUAUCUAGUGUUCAUAUACCUUGAGAAGUUCUCUGAGAUUGAAGCAUAACAGUUGGAGCUCUU